AUGGAUCCUUCUCCGGGUUUUGAAGAAAGGUAUGGAACUAGAGUGUGCAAGCUAAAGAAAUCUCUCUACGGGCUCAAACAAUCUCCAAGAGCUUGGUUUGAGAGAUUUACUCAGUUUGUAAAAAAACAAGGGUACACUCAAGGGCAUGCAGAUUACACCAUGUUCAUUCGACACUCUCUUGAGGGAAAGACAACUAUCCUGAUAGUGUAUGUUGAUGAUAUUAUACUUACAGGAGAUGAAUUGCCCGAAAUGAAGAAUUUAAAGGCACAGUUGGCCUCGAAAUUCGAGAUAAAAUAUUUAGGUCAGUUGAAAUAUUUUCUUGGCAUGGAAGUAGAAAGAUCAAAAGAAGGCAUUAUGGUGUCACAAAGGAAGUAUGCACUAGAUCUUCUAAAAGAGACAGUCAUGGGUGAUUGUCGUCCAGCUGAAACACCUAUUGAUCCGAAUAUUAAAUUUGGAAAGAAAGAAGGAAAUGUAGUUGACCAAACUUUUGAUGUAAGCUUAGUGAGUCAAUUUAUGAACUCUCCAAAAGAAGAGCACCAAGAAGCGGUCUACAGGAUUCUAAGAUAUCUGAAAAGUUCACCAGGGAAAGGAUUGUUUUUCAGAAAAGGUCAAGAUAAAGGCAAUGAAAGCUUUACAGAUGCAGAUUGGGCAGGUUCUACUAUUGAUAGGAGGUCUACAUCAAGAUAUUGUACUUUUAUCUGGGGAAAUCUCGUGACCUGGAGGAGUAAAAAGCAGAAUGUUGUAGCUUGUAGCAGUGCUGAAGCUGAAUACCGAUCUAUGGCCCAUGGGAUAUGUUAA